AUGCUUGCUGUUCAUCUUGUGUCGUUCUACUUCUCCAAACUCCAAGAGGAUCCCACGAAGAAGGUACGAGUUACUCCACAGUUACAGUAUCCACAUAUAUUCGUAACAAAACCUUUACCUUAGGGUUCUGACUUUUGAAUCAGACAUCCCGCAGCUCUUAAAGUGACGCUAUCACUUCAAAAUCAAACCAUUUAUUAACUCUGGAAAACUGAGCUUGGAUACUUUAAAAUAUUGAAAGUAAAAUAUACAGCCCUGAAGUUCUUAUGCAGAACACAACCUCCUAAAAUGAGCAGACAAGCUGCUUUUCUGAGAUCUCAAGACAGGCCUCAAGCAGGCUGUAAUAAAAAGUUCAAGAUGCCAUAAUCAUAAGUUUCUUUAUCAGUUUGUGCAUUCUUCAGCAAUGAUUAACUGCCAUUAAUGUUGCUGCUCUUCUUUUUGUGCAGAUCAGAUGAACACAGGGGCAAAAACUAUUUUAUUAGUUACAAAGGCAACACUCUCAUCUCAUAGUUCUUGAUUCAUUCACUUAUUAAUUCACUUAUUUUAACUUCUCAGUUUUUCUCACAGAUUUUUUUUGUCUCCUGAACUUGUUUCCACAGGGGUGAACCUGGUGUACAUUUCUGCUCUUGACUCAUAUAACCCACUAUAUUUCCUUUCAUUUAGGUAAUUUCUUGUAAGUCAGAGUGAUUUUCUGUUAAUGGGGUUAAGUUUGAAGUUUCUGUAGCUCAAAUGUUAUGCACAUAACUUCUAAAUAAAAAACAUAUAACCUAGUAUCUAAAAAAUGAUAAUCAGCAUGUGGGGAUUGUCCCCUGAAAAACAAGAAAGACCCAAAAAUUAUGAGAUCACAAUAAAGGAACCUUGUCUAAAAGUGUUUGUCAAGUGGGACUGAUCUACAUGCAAAGAAAGGAAGCAAAACAAAAGAGAGUAGGAGUCCGUGAGAUGAACUCUUCCCCUGCUCAGUAACAAGGGUUUCCUCUUUGAGUCUGUUCAGAUCUGUGCAGUCUUGGGUCUGUCUAGUUAGUGAGAAAAUGAGAUACAUCAGUUCAUCUUUACUCCUGUGUUUCUUCUCCAGGUGGACCGGUUUUUGCAUGCAAUGCGUCUCGGUGAUGACCAGCUGAGAGACAUUUCAGCUCGUUUCCUGGCUGAGAUGAAGAAGGGUCUUUCGUCAGAGAGUAACGCUGCAGCAGCAGUGAAGAUGCUGCCCACACAUGUCCGCUCCACUCCUGAUGGAUCAGGUCACUGUCAUUGAUGCUUUCUAGACUCUAAAGCUGUUACAAAGACAUGCAGAUCAUUAACAGACAAUGAGUGUUACAGUUAAUAACUUUCAUCUGUCUUCUCUACCUCUGCAGAGAAAGGACAGUUCCUGGCGUUAGACCUUGGAGGGUCUAAGUUUAAGGUGCUGCAAGUGAAAGUGAGAGAGGGGAUGGGGAUCAGGAAGGGAGGAGUGGGAAUGGAGGAGAAAACCUAUCCCAUACCCAAAGAGCUCCUGAAUGGAAAAGGAUCAGAGGUAAGUUGGUGCAAUAAGUGAGAGAAAAUACCAGAAACGUAUUUGGUUAAAGCAGAAGAACAAGGUAAGAUGGUGAUCUCAAGGAGAAAGAGGAGGCAAUUUGUACAAAGAUGGGAUCCGGAUUAGGAGAUUUCAAGACAUAAAAAAUGAACAGUUUCCAACCCUGACUGUUUUCUUUUUCUUUGAUUCUGUGUCUGCAGCUCUUUGACCAUGUGGCUGAGUCUCUGAAGGACUUUCUCCAAGAGAGGAACAUCGAUAUGGAGAAGAAACACCCUCUGGCCUUCACCUUCUCUUUCCCAUGUGGACACACCAAGUUGGAUCAGGUAAUUAGAGCACAUCAAUUAAUCUGGUCUUCGUGGCUUAAAACUGGAACUGAUGGAUGUUUCUCUUGCAGGGGUUUUUGUUAAACUGGAGUAAAAGGUUCCGGGUUCGAGGUCUACAGGAUAAAGAUGUAGUCCAGGCCCUGAGAGACGCUGUUGACAGAGCUGGGGUAGGACUUCAUGGUGACACAUCAACCAUGUUUCAUUUAUCAGACAAACCCAACAUGAUUUCAUACUCUACACAGCGUAGUCCAAACCUCUGUCUGCUUACUGUCAUUUUUAUGAAAGUAUCUUAUAAACCAUUUAUCUAUCAUACAAAACCUUCAUGAUGAGUGUCAGUCUCAUAGCUGGAUGGAACUGUAAUUUUUCCACAGGGUAUGGAUGUGGAGGUGUUAGCCAUGGUCAAUGACACGGUAGCUACCAUGAUGACCUGUGGUUUUGAUGACAAGCACUGUGAUGUAGGAGUUAUCAUAGGUGAGUACUCUCAGGCUCAGAGUAGAUAUCAGUUAUGCAGUUUUGUGAAACAGUGGACUCCUGUAGCUGGGUUGGUACAUCUUGUGGUGCAAGUCUAUGAUAGCUAACAUAAUGUAGAGCUCAAAUACUUCAACCUACAGAGCCAUACACUGUUUGAAUUUUACAAAUGCAUGGAAAAUGUAAUGUAAAAAUGAUUUUUACAGAACAAUGUCAAACCUCAGUCAGUUUGAGUGGACUUUGACAUAGUGUGUAAGUAGUGUUUUUUUUUUAUUUUUACAAAAGAUCCGAUCCUGCUGUUUUUGAACCAGUGCAAUGGUCCAAACCUCAAACCUAGAGUCUGAGCCCAAUCUAUAGUCCUCAGUAAUUGUCAGAGUUGGGUCACAAUCACUUCAGCAGAACUGAGUCAAGACAUCAUUACCUUGGUGCAAGUUUGACUUGAUUGUUCAUCAUUUAUAUCAUUUAUCAUAAGAAGGAUUUGUGUUUGACCCUAAGUUAUCUACACUUGUGCCCCAUUUAUGGAGGUUUUGCCUCAAGAAAAAAAAGGAAUCACAUUUAAUUUAUUUACAUUAGAUUCUAAAUGAUCUCAUCUUGACAUUUGAAAGGUCAGUGAAGUCCCAGCGCUGUGCAGUUCAUCCUAAUACACUGUAUUGAUAGUGGGACAAACCUGAUCUGUUUGGAUCACCACCAGUAUAUCUAAUAAUCAUAUUUGCACUUCACCCUCUAAUGAUCAGAACUGAGCAAACAAAUUAGACCUGAGUCGCUUAAAAUGCUAACAUGACCAGUAGCUUGUGAACAGUAAGGUUAUCAACAACUGCAGCACCUCAUGUACCUAACAGGACUCAUCCAGGAUGUCUGUGAAAGUCUGAGUCCAUCUUCUCACAUUUCAUCACACCUUUCCCUCUGAAAUGGACAGCAUGUGGUCAUCCAUACAGGUCAACACACAUUAGCCUUGGCUCCGGACUGCAUAAAUUAUUAGGUCUUAACCAUUAAAACAACCGAACAGCCAUAAUUUCAAAAAAAGUCUGAGUCCUCUUCACAUUCCGUGUCUGAAUACAGUCAAUACUCUAAGCUAAAUCUAACUCCUCGUCAUCAGUUCACGGGAGCUUUGAAGUGACCUUAAAAGGACAAAAUUUAACUUCUGCCCAAUUAUGCAAUCCAGAAAUGAUUUAAAAAGAAUAUAUUAAACAUAAGUUUAAUAAGAGUUUGCCAAAACUUCAGGAGAAUUAAAUCUACUGUUGGUGUAAAAAGAAAAAAAUAAUACAUGGCUCUUUACUAAUAGUACUGGGAGUGCAAGUUCUUAUUGUGGAACUGCUUCCUCUAGUAGUCCAGUGUCCAAACACGUGUGAGUGUGAGUGCGAGUGUGAGUGCUGUGUUUUUUAAACGUUUUGAUUGAACUUUCGUCAGAGGUGGGGAAUCAUUUAUUUCUUUUUAGAAUAAAGUGAUUUCAGAGUACAGUGCUUUUUCUCAAAACUGAUAAAAUGAGUAGUAUGAGUAUAAAUGCAUGGCUAUUCGUUAAUAUUUAUGUGUGUUUAGGUACUGGCACCAAUGCAUGCUACAUGGAGGCUCUGCGUAAUGUCGACCUGGUGGAGGGAGACGAGGGCAGGAUGUGUGUGAACACUGAGUGGGGGGGCUUUGGAGACGAUGGGACUCUAAAAGAUUUUAUCACAGAGUUUGACCAAAAUGUGGACGCAGCGUCCAACAACCAAGGAAAACAAAUGUGAGGAAAACAGAGUUAGUAAUAUCAUUUCAUGGCACCUAUGAGACAACAUGUCACAGUCAUAUGUUUCUGUGUUUGCAGCUUUGAGAAGAUGAUCAGUGGGAUGUACCUGGGUGAGAUAGUGAGGUUGGUGAUAUUGAAGAUGGCCAAUCUUGGACUGCUGUUUGACGGCCAUGUAUCUGAUGCCCUGAGGACUAAAGGAAAAAUCACCACUGCAGAUGUGGCAGCAAUGGAGGAGUGAGUUAUCUCUCUGUCUGUGUGACACCUCCUCUGUACUAAUAACAAUAACAUUAUCCAUGUCUGUUUAUUUCAGGUACAAAACUGGUCUUAAAAACACCAAAAACAUCCUGGUGGGCCUGGAUUUGACUCCCUCACAAGAUGACUGUAUCGCUGUUCAACACGUCAGCACCAUUGUGUCCUUUAGAUCUUCAAACCUGGUUGCUGCAGGACUGGUGGCUAUCUUGACUCGAAUCAAGGAAAACCGGAAAUCGAGGACAUUGACGAUCACUGUAGGUGUGGAUGGGACUGUGUACAAGACCCACCCACAGUAAGUUUUCACAGACACCAAACAUUAAAAAUGAUGAGUGCACACCAAGUUUGAACUUUUUUAAAUAAUAAAAGAAACAUCAUAUCUGUGAGACUUCGGGGGUUUGUAAGUAACUCUAAGUCCUUCAUUUUGUAUCUGAAAAAUGAAUUCAUCCACAUUAUAAAAACAACUCAUAACUCAAUAUUUGGAGAUAUGUUGAAUAAUCAUACUAGGUAACUGGUCAGAAUUUCAUUUAAGUUUAAGUCUGCUUGAAGUUUUGUGAUGUCUCCAUGUUUGUAGAAUAAGUUAAGACAAACUUUUACUGUCAAAUAGCUCCAGUCAUGAAGAUGUUGUACAAAAAGACAUGAAUCACAAUCCUCCUUUUAUUUCAGAUACGCUAAACGGCUCCAUAAAGUGGUGCGCAGGUUACUUCCUGAGUGCCAGGUCAGGUUUCUCCUCUCAGACAGCGGCAGCAGCAAAGGGGCUGCUCUGGUCACAGCAGUCGCCCAGAGACUGGCAACACGGAGAAAACAGGUAAGGGUGGGUCGUUGUGGCUCUGCACCCUCUUUUUCUCUCUUUAUUAUUCUAUCACAUCUAAUUUCAAACAUCAUCCCUGUUUCCUGUAACCCCAGGUGGAUGAGACACUGUGUCCCUUCAGGCUGAGCCAGGAGCAGCUGCUGUUGGUGAAAUCCAGGAUGAGGGCAGGGCUGGAGGCAGGCCUGGAGAGUGAAGGCCCGUCUGCCAUUAAGAUGCUGCCUUCUUUUGUGUACCACACACCCGAUGGAACAGGUUAGGAACUGAAGAGGAUCACACAAGUUAAGAAUCCUAAAGCAUAAAAAAGAGAAAAGAAAUAAAAAAGGAGAUUAUAUCCCAUCGGUCUCUUUAGAAGAUUCACCAAGACACCUCCUCAGUGUCACACUUUGAUCAGACUGCUGAGUUUGUGUGAACCUGAGCGAUAACAGUGAGGCAUUUUUGUACUUAACCAACACAAGAGUUGGUUUGUUUUGGUUCUUACUUUCCAGAAUAAGAGGUCUAAGCUGAUUAAUUAUAAAGAACAUCUCUGUAGGAGUUGUUUUUGUGUUUUUCAGAACGUGGGAAGUACCUUGCUUUAGACCUGGGAGGAACUAACUUCAGAGCGAUGCUGGUGAAGUUUAGAAAAGGUCUGCAACAGAGCACAAGACUUUACCACAAGAUCUACACAGUCCCACCAGAGAUAAUGCAAGGAACUGGAGAAGAGGUGGGACAUUUAUGAGGCGAUAUCUCACGAGUGGUCAGCAGACUUAAAUUAGUGAGUGCCCGGACAUCUAUGGCAUUUCUUUUCUAUAAGCUCUUUCUGUUCUCUCUGUCUCUGUAGCUGUUUGAUCAUCUUGCAGAGUGUAUCAGUGACUUCCUCGACUACAUGGGGAUAAAGAAAGCUCGUCUUCCUGCAGGUUUCACCUUCUCUUUCCCCUGUGAGCAGACAGCUCUUGACACGGUAAGCGCUGAGAGUGUGGAUUUGAGCUCCUGUUGAUUUAGUAUUUGCCAUCACCGUUAAUAUAAAACUGAAGUUUUCAACCCUUCCAUCAAACUUUGCACGUUCUAGGGCAGCCUGGUGAGCUGGACCAAAGGCUACAAGGCCACAGACUGUGAAGGACAUAAUGUUGUUGAGAUGCUGAGGGAGGCUAUCAAGAGACGCAACGUGAGUUCAAGAAAAAAUACUCUUUACAUGAAAAACUGGGUUUGUUAAGUGGAUUAUUCCCUAAUUGUUUCUUUUUUUCAAGAUAAAUUAGCUAAAAAUUGGGCAAAUUAUAAUGAGAAACCAGCAAGUAUCCCAUGGAUAGAAGCCACGAGUCUAUGACUGUUUCCAUAUCAUUAGCUGUUGAGCUUGUGAAUUAAGCAAUUGAUCUUUAAUUAUUAGCACAAAUUCACAACAGAUUUUAUCAUGUGAAGCCUUAAAAAAGACCUGUUCUGGACCAUAUCCUUCACUACAUUUACAGAGACCCAACAUCUAGACAGGAUAAGAUUAAGUCUCAUCCCUAUUACUCUUUUCAUUCUAAUAUCAAUGAUGUUCUACAUUUCUUUUCCUCUCUUUAUAAUAUUUGUGAGCAACCAUUGGUUGUUUCCAAAAGAACUGUAUCACCUCUCAAAGUGAUGGUUUCUUUUUGGGGCAAUGGAGGUCACACUUUUCUUUCCCAUGCGCUGUAUUUUUGCAGCUCAGCUUGCAGCUUUUGAAGUACCCUAACCAUCGAAUUGUGGAUUUGUUGAUGCACUUAGACACAGGCUAAUGCCUUCAUUCAGACUGAUGUUUGUUGAUGAAAGCAGUUCACCUUUUUUUGCCUUUAUUGACUACAACAGCUGAAGAGAGGCAGGAAACUUAGGGAGUAGAGAGUAAGGUGAGGCUUGCAGCAAAUACUCAUGACUUGGAGUUGAACCAGCCGUUACAAGAUUGGGUUUAGGCCCCAAAUGGGACCGGAAUUUACUAUCUGUUAAACUAUGAAAACCAAAGAAAAAGUAAAAAAAAAAAUGAAAAAAGGUUUGUGCAUAUAUAUGACUGUCUUACUGUACGCACGUGUGUUUGCAUCUGUAGGACUUUGACUUGGACAUAGAAGCGUUUGUCAAUGACACAGUGGGGACCAUGAUGAGCUGUGCGUAUGAAGACCCUCAGUGUGGAGUUGGACUGAUUGCUGGUAUGUGACUUUGAGACUGAUAACACUUCAGUGAAGGCUGUCAUCAUUUAUUCUGUAAUUCUGAUUCUUCUCAGAGUAAAACAAACUGGACUAUGUUUGAAAAUAUUUCACGUGCGUAUGUGUAUGUCCUACAACAAACCUGUUUCUUAGGACACAAACUGCAGUGCACAUUUUUUAUUUUUGCCUUAUUUGCACUUUUGAUCUUUGAUAAAACAUAAAUCAAGCUUGUGGUUAUGUUUUAUAGGAACGGGCUCUAAUGUGUGUUACAUGGAGGAGGUGCAGAACAUUAAAAAGUUACAACACAAGACAGGAAAAGAGCAAAGAGAAGAGGAGACGCCUAAAGGAGAAGAGAACAAGGUCGAAAAAUUCUUGUCAAAUCAGCAUUUUCGCUGUAUUGAGGAGCUGCAGUGAAUCGAAGCUAGAUGAUAAUAGCUCACACACCGACCCUCUUAUUUGCUUCUGCUCCCAGCAGGCUGAUGGCUCUGAUGGAGAGAAGAAGGAGAGGGAUGCUAAGACUCAGAGGAUGUGUAUAAACACAGAGUGGGGGGGUCUCGGUGAUGACGGCUCUCUUGAUGACAUUAUUACACCUUUUGACGUGGAGGUGAACCGAAACUCUGUCAACCCUGGAAAACAAAGGUCAGAAACCCACCCUGUGUGUCCAUGUGUGUUUUUAAGAUAUGUGUACCAUCACUCAUUUUGGUCUCUUGCAUUUAAAUGUAGAUAUGAGCUCCUACUUCUAUUCUCACGCUUUAUGCUCCAGUGUCUCUCUGUAUCUUCGUCUCUAUAGAGCUGUCAUUGAUGGUACUUGACUCUGUGAAUGUGCAGGUUUGAAAAACUGACCAGUGGGAUGUAUCUAGGAGAAGUUGUCCGUCAGGUAUUGUUAGAUUUAACCAGAGGAGGUUUGCUGUUCAGAGGACAUGUAACUGAGGCUUUAAAAACACCUGGAAUCUUUGAAACCAAAUACCUGUCCCAGAUAGAGAGGUAGGAGAGACCCUUUUAAAUCUUUGUCUUAUUACCACAUCCUGUUGUUUGUGAGUGUGUAGCUGUGUAUAUAAUCUGUUUUGUCUCCCUCUAGUGACCGCCUGGCUCUACUGCAGGUCAGAUGUAUUCUCCAACAGCUUGGGCUUGACAGCAACUGUGACGACAGCAUCAUAGUGAAAGAGGUACAGGAUAAAAAAUGAUGACUCAGCUCAGCUGAAGCUUGUUUAAAAAGCACUUUUUGAAUUAGCAUGCAGUUUAGCGUGCUUUACAUAAGGACAAUAAAAACACAUGUUAAAAAUAGAUAAAUAAGACAAUAUGCCAAAAACACUAGUGACAAAGCUACUAUGAAAACAGGGACUCAAACUCAGGAUAAGGCAAAUAAUAUUAUACAAAAUACAAUAUAAUAACCAGUGUGCACAAAAAAGCUUAACAUAAAAGUAGGUUUUUAAUCAACUUUUAAAAAUACACUGAGGGUUAACUGUUUUGAAGUUAGUUGGCCUCCAGUUACUCAGUUUAAAGGUAAUAUUGGGCCUUCAGAUAAGCAGCUAUUUUCCAGUUUUGAUUUUGAUUGGUGUUAUGCACCUUUUUCAGCCAGACUCAGUUCUGUUCUUGUCCAUUUUUGUUUCCUUUUACAUUCAACCUGUUUCUGGUAAAAGAAAAAAAAUUGUUUUCAAAGCUACCACUAAAGCAGCAUUUAACAGUUCAGUCAUAUGUGUCCUAGAUGGCUCUCACAGCAGAUAGCUUCACUGUAGCACAAAAAAACACAACUAAACUAUGAAAUUAGUCAUCAAUUUGUACAAUAAAGCUCGAGUGAAGUUUUUAUGUUUAGUAAAUAGAUUGUAAUUCAUAUUGUCACCUUUUUAUGAUAUCUAAAAUUAAACAAGGCCAGCCACAAGAUUGAUGAAUACAAUGUUGUAAUUUUAGGGGCCUGAAACUAGUGUAAGGGGGUAGGUGUCAGCCCUGUUUUUACAAUUUCUAUGUGAAAUAUUGACAAUAAGUGAUAUAUCUCGCAGUCAAAAAGAUAAGAUUUUCUUAGUCAGUGGACAUUUCUUAUGCAUGUAGGAAACAAAAUGAGCAAAGACUGCUUUGAUCACUGGGGGAGCCGAAAUGAACACAAACUGAAAGUUCCUCAUGGGAACUUUAAAGUGUCCUUCAUUAAGUUCUGCCAGUAAGACAGCAUGCAGAUAAAACAACACUGAUGCUAACCACGUACUCCCUUUACUUAUUUUUUUUACAUGUUUGCCAUUAUGUGACCAAAAUAUAAAAUUUAUAGCAAAAAUGUGAGUAUAGGUAUCAGGAUUUAAAUGUGAAUAAAAUAGCAUUGUUGCAAACCUAUGACCCCUUUCUUGUCUUGAAUUUAUCACAAAUGUUUGAAAAGGUAAGGAGAUGAACUUUUGACUCACUGCAAUGCAGAGAAAAUCAUGCUCUCUGUUGCAACCUGACUUUUGUAUUUAGUAACAUUUAUUGUCCCUAGUUGAGGAGUUGAUUUGGUAUCAUUCGACUCAGUAAACUGUGGCACCAUCAGUGUGUCUAGUGUGGCAAUAUUGAUAAAGUUUUGAUUGUUUGACAGGUAUGUGGAGUUGUGUCACGUCGUGCAGCUCAGCUGUGUGGAGCAGGAAUGGCGGCCGUGGUUGAUAAAAUCAGAGAGAACCGAGGACUGGACCAUUUGGACAUCACUGUAGGGGUGGACGGGGCGCUGUACAAACUGCACCCACAGUGAGUCAUAGCUGUUAUAUGAAAUUACCUUGAGAGGGUCCAGUUCAGUUAUGUUUAUCAGCUGGAUCCAAUAUCGACUUUUACUCUUUUCUGUAGUUUCUCAAGUUAAUAAUUUCAAAAAUCUAACCCCUUUUUCUUUUCUUUUUUUUUUCUGUUAUUUCUAGUUUUUCUCAAAUUCUUGAAGAAACUACCAGACUUUUGGCUCCUCAAUGUGACGUGACCUUCAUGCCAUCAGAGGAGGGCAGUGGAAAAGGUGCUGCUCUCAUCACAGCUGUGGCCCUUCAAAAGCAGGGCAUGUAA